GACGGAAUUAACACAUGUUCACUGUUUGGAGUUAGACAUUUGGGUUGAAGAUCAACAAGGUUGGGGAAGAUUUGUGAGUUUUAUGAUAGCUGAGUGAAUUAAUUAAACCCUUGUAAGACUGACAGUGGUAUCCGCCUAGUCAUGCCUAAAGGAAAAGGGAAGAAAUUUAUCGAUAAAAAGAACGCGGUGACGUUUCACCUGGUUCAUCGUUCUCAACAAGAUCCGUUAGCUGCUGAUGAGACAGCUCCUCAAAGAGUAUUGGUACCUGCUGGAGAGACGCAGGCUACCAAGUCCGAGAAGAAGGGAACGGACACCGCGAAGCGCAAAGAGGAACAACAGAAGUAUGGAAUAUUUUUUGACGAUGAUUACGACUACUUGCAACACAUGCGGGAUUCAAACAAAAUCUCUGUUGACUGGGAACCGGUUGAAGACCCUCAGAAGAGUAGGAGAGAUAAAAAUGCAGAUCAUAUUGAGCCAAAAAUUAAUCUACCCUCUUCCGUCUUUGCAUCCGAUGUUGAAGAAGAUGUUGGUCUUCUUAAUAAGGCAGCGCCAGUCUCCGGACUGAGAUUAGAUGUGGAUCCUGACAUUGUUGCCGCGAUGGAUGAAGAUUUUGAUUUUGAAGAUCCUGAUAAUCAGUUAGAAGAUAAUUUCUUAGAAUUAGCUAAUGCGGAAGGCAGCGACAUUGAGUUUGAUGAACACGACGAAGAUGGUUACGAAUCCGAUGAAAGCGACGAACAGUAUUCAGAUGUUUCUUCUGAAGGACAUAUGCAGUUGUCAGAUGAGGAGAAAGAUCAGGUUCCGAGUUUAAAUGGACGGGAAUUCGCGUUUGAGGAUGUUGAAACAAAAUCACAAUUUACCGACUACUCAAUGAGCAGCAGUGUCAUGCGAAGGAAUGAUCAGUUGACGUUACUUGAUAAUAGAUUUGAAAAAAUGUAUGCUGGAUACGAUGAUCUUGAAAUUGGGGCGCUUGAUUGUGAGGAAAUCGAAGGACAUGUUGCUCCUGAUUCUGAUAUUCUUCUGCAAUAUGCAAACGAAUUCGAAAAGAAGAAAAAAGAAAAUACUGAGAAUGUUGCUAAGAUGAUGGCAGAGCGACUGAAAGUCAUUGACUUAGAAGAAUCAAAUUCUGAGGAUGAAGAUGAUUUGGAAAAGCUUCUAGUUGACGUUAGAGAAAAGGAAAAAUGGGACUGUGAAAGUAUUCUAUCUACCUACAGCAACAUUUAUAAUCACCCCAAACUUAUAUCAGAGCCUAAGGGUCCUGGAAAAAUAAAAAUUAAUCCACGCACUGGAAUUCCACAAGAUGUCCUGAAUUCGUCUAAUGGAACGUUGACGGCGAAAGCAUUGGCCAAAUUCAACUUGGAAAAUGACAGCCAAGUAAACACAGGUCCACGAUCAGUAGCGGAAACCAUGAAAUCUAAUUUGAGUGUCCUGAGUAUAAGGCCAAAAGACGAAUCCCCUGAGGAUAGGAAAGAACGAAAAAAAGCUCUCAAAGAGUAUCGAAAGGAAAGAAGAUUGGAACGCAAGGCUAACAUAGAAGCUUUCAAAGAAGAAAAGAAACGACAAGAAAAAAUUAUGCUCAACAACAGAAACAAUAUCCAAGGCAACAGAGUAUUGUGAAUUUACAAAAUCAUAUUGUCAAAAUUUCAAUAUUAUUUAAUAUAA